AUGGCUCUCAAACGCAAAGCUGCUGAUACCGCGUUGGAUGCCGUCAAGAAACCCAAAGCCAAUGCCUCCAUCACCGCCUUUUUCGGUCAGCCCAAGACCAAUGGCCCGACAUCAUCAACCAACCCGGCGCAGCCUAGCACAUCAACCACCGCGCCCGCCACCCUCGACGCCAAGUUCAACAAGGAAGCUUGGAUGGCCAGCCUGACAGACGAGCAGAAGGGCCUCCUCAAGCUCGAAAUCGAAACCCUCCACGACAGCUGGCUCGGCGUGCUCAAAGACGAAGUCACCAGCAAAGAAUUCCUCGACCUCAAGCGAUUUCUCAAGAAAGAGGUGGAGACCGGCAAGAAAGUCUUUCCGCCCAGCGAAGACGUCUACAGCUGGUCAAGACACACUCCCUUGCAGAGUGUGAAAGCUGUGAUUUUGGGCCAGGAUCCAUAUCACAACAUCAAUCAAGCGCAUGGACUCUGCUUUUCAGUCCGGCCACCGACUCCGGCCCCUCCGAGUCUGAAGAACAUGUACAUUGCACUCAAAAAGGACUAUCCAUCUUUCGUCCCUCCCCCGAAAAACGGCGGUUUGCUCACGCCGUGGGCAGACCGUGGAGUCCUCAUGCUCAACACCUGUCUGACCGUCCGCGCCCACGAAGCCAACAGCCACGCGAAAAAGGGCUGGGAGUCGUUUACGCAAAAAGUGAUUGACGAAGUCGCGAAGCGGAGAACACGAGGCGUGGUUUUCCUCGCCUGGGGCAAACCCGCUCAAGAGCGAUGUAAAAAAAUCAACGCCACGAAGCAUCUGGUGCUCAAAAGUGUGCAUCCAAGUCCCCUGUCGGCGCAUAAAGGGUUUUUGGAUUGUGGACAUUUCAAAGCUGCGAAUGUGUGGUUGCAGGAGCGCUAUGGUGAGGAAGGUGUCAUUGAUUGGAAUUUGGAUGUGAAGCCCGAAGAGGCGGGUGUGUGAGAGAGAAGAAUAACAACUCAAAUUGUGGUGGAGGGCGUGAAAGUCCAUGUAUAAAUAGGUAUGGUAGGUACCUUACUGGUGGAAAUACAGAUACAUACAUACAUAUAUACCAUACCACUCUUGUAUAAUUAACAAAAAACAAACUUCAA